AAAUUAUAUUUCAUCAAAAAGAUGGAUCUCAAAAGCUUCUUCAUAUUUUUAUUUUUAUUGAUGCCAUCAUUCUGUUCCUCUCAAUCCCUGAGGAUUAACAACAUUUUCUUUACUCAUCGUAAGAUACUACCCAAACAGCAAUCCAAUGAUAAUAAUAAUAAUGUUACUUCUUAUGCUGUCAUAUUUGAUGCUGGUAGCUCUGGAUCUCGUGUUCAUGUCUUCCAUUUUGACCAGAAUCUCAACCUCCUUCAUAUUGGCAACGAAAUUGAGUUUUAUAAGAAGAUCGAACCCGGUUUGAGUGCAUAUGCAGAUAAUCCAGAAGAAGCAGCAGAAUCUCUGAUUCCACUCUUAGACGAAGCACAAAAUAUUAUUCCACCGCAAUUCCAACCCAAAACACCCCUUAGGCUUGGGGCAACUGCAGGUUUAAGGUUGUUGGAGGGUGAUACUGCUGAAAGAAUAUUGCAGGCGGUUAGGGAUAUGUUCAGGACAAGAAGUAACCUGAACGUUCAAUCUGAUGCAGUAACUGUUAUUGAUGGAACCCAAGAAGGUUCUUAUAUGUGGGUGGCACUAAACUAUCUAUUGGGAAACUUGGGAAACAAGUAUUCAAGGACGGUGGGAGUGGUUGAUCUUGGAGGUGCAUCAGUUCAAAUGGCAUAUGCUGUUUCAAAGAACACAGCUCAAAAUGCACCAUUACCACCAGAUGGACAGGAUCCAUACAUUAAAAAUGUCAUUCUUAAAGGAACUGAAUAUAACCUCUAUGUUCAUAGUUACUUGCGCUAUGGUAGUGAUGCUGCUCGUGCUGAAAUUUUGAACAUCACUCAUAAUUCUGCUAACCCUUGCGUUUUAGCUGACUUUGAUGGGACAUAUGCAUACUCAGGAAACGAGUAUAGGGCAUAUGCACCAAGUUCAGGGUCCAGCUUUGAAAAAUGCAGGCAUAUAGUGCGUAAGGUCCUGAAAUUGGAAGCACCAUGUCCAUAUAAUAAAGAGUGCACUUUUGAUGGAAUAUGGAGUGGUGGAGGCGGUAAUGGACAAAAAAAUCUCUAUGUUGCUACGUCUUUCUUUUAUAUAGCAUCACAGACGGGUAUAGUUGAUCCAAACAAACCCAAUUCGAAGGUUAUUCCGGCGGAUUACAAGGUUGCAGCUAAGAGAGCAUGUAAUACGAAAUAUGAGGAUGCUGCAUCCAUUUAUCCUCUUAUUACCAUUGACAGACUUCCUUAUGUCUGCAUGGAUCUCACAUACCAAUAUACAUUGCUCGUUGAGGGAUUCGGCAUAGAUCCAUGGCAAGAGAUUACAGUUACUCAGCAAAUUGAAUAUGAAGAUGCUUCCGUAGAUGCAAGCUGGCCUCUAGGGAGUGCCAUAGAAGCCAUAUCUUUAUUACCUAAAUUUGAGCGAUUGAUGUAUUUUAUUUAAGCUUCUACACUAAUAAGUAGGGAUGUGACACAUUGACGCCUAUGCCUUCUAUAUUAAAUAAAAGUCAUGUGCUCCUAUAAAAAAUAGUUUGCUAUAACGUAUUGUUGUGUAUGUGUUAGUUUGUAAUUUUGGUAAAGAAUAUGAAAUAAAUGCUCUAUUUUAAGACAA